CACAGGCCUCAGCACCACCGCCCCCUCCUCAGCCCGUUGAUUGUGGGCCCCACGGAACGCCAGCAGCACCUGGCAGCAGCCAGUGCAUCUGUUCCCAAGGCUGGACUACUGACCCAAACCAGAGCCUUGGCCGAGCCUUCCAGUGGUGCACCCUACCUGAAGAGGCAAGCUGAGAAGAAGGCUAUGGAGGAUAUGCGGUCUGAGUCUCCCACCACGGCGGCACGUGAAUCUUCUAGUAACACGAAGAAGGGGAAGAGUGCGGCAGACGAAAGUACGGCAGGAGAGGCAGAGACGCAGGUCGACACGGCGCGUGCUGCGGAUGCUUCUGAUACAGGGAUCGACGGCGGAGCGAGUGCUGGGAGGGAUCCUGGUAGAAACGAGCUGCAUCAGAAGCAGCAACAGCAGCAGCAGCAGCAGCAGCAGCAGGAGAAGAGACCGGAGGAGCAGGGAACGAAGCGGACACAGCAGCAACCGAAGCAGCAGCAGAAACAGCAGCAGCAGGUGGGAGUGGGGGGGAAUGGCAAGGGAGGAACAACAGGCGCCGAAUGUGACUCAAACGGUCGACCUCCAGGCGCUCGUCAGAAGCGGCAACAGCGAGGAGGAGUGGCAGCAGGGAGCAGUCGGGGUGGGGUGGGAGCAGAGGGGCAGGAGCGAGGGGCGAAGUCAGGGCAGAAGGAGAAGCGAACGGGGCAGGCAGGAAGCGGGUUAGGGUACGUGGAUCAGCUGCGGGCGCUGCAGGCCCAGAUGCAAGGCGCAGAGAGUAAACCAGCGGAGAUUAAAGUAGCAGAGAUCAAAUCAGCGGAGAAGCAGCGGCAGCAGCAGCAGCAAGCAGCGGCACGCGUGAGUUGGUUUGAAGAAAGCGAAGAGCGGAGGAGGAAGCAGGGAUUGGACGCCGAAACGCCUUAUGAGUCAACGCAAACGAGAAACGGGUCAGAGGUCAGGGAAGUGGAAAUGCAGGGGGGUAAAGCAGCAGCAGAGACGCAGCAGCAGGAUGCAGUGCCAGUGAGCCGUGCUGCUGGGGAAAGAGGAGAGUCGAAGGGGAGAAUUCUAGGAAACGGAGUAGGAACAAGUAGGAAGGUGCAGGUGCAGGAAUCUGAGGCGCGAUACCCCUGGGAUGAUCCGGAGGAGCAGGCUGAAAGGGGGGAGGAAGAGGGUGAGAUGGGGAAAGGUCGCAGGGUUGAGAGUGCUGAUGGGAGCAGCGUUGGAAAUGGUGUUGCGGGCCGAACUGGUGCUGGCAGAAGCAGAAGAGAGGCGGAGAGAGGAGAGGCGAACAGAGUACAGGAAGGCAAAGGAGAGGAGGUUAACGAGGAGAUGGAGAAAGGAGAGAAGGAGAACGGGUCGAGGGUGAUUGCAAAGGGAGCAGGGGUUGGCAGUAAAGGAAGCAGGAGCGGGUGGCGUGGGGAGAAGGCAAGAGAGGGGGGUGGAAAGGAGAGUGGGGGUGCAAGAAAAGGCGAGGAGAGUGGGGGUGAGACUAAGCAGAGUGGGCAAAGCAGUGCAUCCAGAUGGGAAAGAGGUGGCAAAACGGAAGAGAGAACAGGCACCAAGAUGGAAGCUGUUCCCGCUCCGACCGAGCCUACUAAGAGCAGCUGCUGCGGUCCUAAGUCCGCCGAUCCUUCCGCCGCUGCAACCGGCGCUGGCAUCGACGUGACGCAUGCUGACGUGAGCGAGUAUUACGGGAAGACGGUGCAGCAGCAGGCGGAUCUGCAGACGUCAGCGUGCCUGGUGAAGGGCGGUCUUGGCGCGGACAUUCGCCGCCUACUCAGCAACGUUCACGAUGAGAUCUUGUCGAAAUUCUACGGCUGUGGUUCGCCCAUCCCUCCCCUGCUCAAGGGCUGCACGGUGUUGGAUCUGGGGUGCGGAACCGGGAGGGAUGUCUACGUGGCAGCUCAGCUGGUGGGCCCCACAGGCCAGGUCAUCGGCAUCGACAUGACAGACGAGCAGCUGGCAGUGGCGCGCAAGCACGAGGAGUAUCACCGCGAGAAGUUUGGAUUCGCCGAGUCCAACGUGUCGUUCAGAAAGGGAUUCAUAGAGGAUCUCAGGGCUGCUAAUGUCGAGGACAGCACGGUGGACGUUGUGGUGUCCAACUGUGUCAUCAACCUCGCCCCCAGCAAGGUGCCGGUGAUUUCUGAGAUCGCCCGCGUGCUCAAGACGGGCGGCGAGCUCUACUUCUCGGAUGUCUUUGCCGACCGCAGAAUCCCCAAGCACCUGCAACAGGACAAGGUUCUCUUCGGCGAGUGUCUCAGCGGGGCUCUUUACUUGGAGGAUUUCCGCCGCCUCAUGGCCUCUGUGGGUCUGGGUGGGUGGGGAGUGGUGGAGGCUCGAGAGCUCGACGUGGAAAAUCCAGAGAUCGCCGCCCGGGUGGGUCCGAUUCGAUUCUACAGCUUGACCGUCCGGGCGGUGAAGCUGCCCUCGGGAGCGGGUGAUGGGGAAGGUGAGGACCUGCCCGAGAAUUAUGGGCAGAUGGCGACGUAUUCCGGGUCUAUUCCAGAGCAAGGCGGGGAAUUCACCCUGGACAAUGUGAGGGUGUUCAAGGCAGGUGUGCCCACACCUGUGGAUGCUACAACUGCUGCCAUGCUGACUGUAUCGCGCUACAGCAGUGCAUUCACUGUGACUGAGAAGGGUGCUCACCAGGGGCCCUUUACUGGGUGGGCAAGGUUUCCGGCUUCGGUGGCUGGUGCUUGGUGGUCUGCUACUGUAGAGAAGGCGAAAUCUGGGUGUUGUUAA